AUGCGUUACUUACACACCAUGAUCCGCGUUCGUGAUCUCGACGCCGCCCUCCACUUUUUUGUUGAGCUCCUAGGCCUCAAAGAGAUUCGACGGCGGGACCACGAAAAGGGCCGGUUCACGCUCGUCUUUUUGGCGACCGACGAAAACGCUCCGCAGGUUGAGUUGACGCACAACUGGGACCAAGAGGAGCCUUACGAUGGUGGCCGAAACUUUGGACAUCUCGCCUACGAAGUCGACGACAUCUACGCGACCUGCGAAAAACUUCAGGCCGCCGGAGUCACGAUCAAUCGUCCGCCGCGCGACGGGCGCAUGGCGUUUGUGCGGUCACCCGACGACAUCUCCAUCGAGCUGCUGCAAAAAGGCGAAGCCCAGGAGAUCAAAGAACCCUGGGCCUCCAUGCCCAGCGUCGGUUCUUGGUGA